AUGGCACCACCAGCUCUGCCGUCUCUGGAGCAGAAUUUACCUGAUUUCUUCAGGGCUGCUGGGGGCAACUGGCCAUUUGCCGCUUUUCCUACUCUCAUCCGGUUCUCAAUGAAAAACAGUGUCUUUGUGAUUUUGAGGUAUUUUAAAGUUGAUCACAUCAAAGGGAUCUGGGAAAAACAAGAAAAACCUCUGUGGCAAGAAAUAUUCAUCAGUGAUGCUGACAAAACAUUAAGUAAAGAAGGACAGAAAGUUUUAGAAAACCCAUCUAAUCUGGAAAUAGCUCCAGAGUUUUCAGAAAAACUACCCUGUAAAUGUGACUCACAUAGAAUGAAUUUGCCAAUUGCUUCUGAAUUAAUUAUAAGUGAAAGAAAAUAUUCAAGAAAGAAGGCUGAAUACACGAAUGUGUGUGAGAAAUUGCAGCUUGAUAUUAAUCAUGAGAAAGCUCAUCCUGGACAGAAAUCUUAUGAACAUGGUAAAAAUGCGAAAGCUUGCAGUUAUAAGAAAGAUCAGUAUUGGAAAUUUCAAACUUUGGAGGAAUCUUUUGAAUGUGAUGGAUCUGGACAAGGUUUACAUGAUAAGACAAUUUGUAUUACACCUGAGAGUUUUCCAACAGGAGAAAAGUCCUGUAAGGAUGAUGAAUUUAGAAAAAACUUUGAUAAAACCACUUUAUUUAACCACAUGAGAACUGACACAAGGGAGAAAUGCUCUGAUCUUAAUGAAUAUGGGACAUCCUGUGACAAAACUACCACUGUUGAAUACAAUAAAGUUCACAUGGCUAUGACACACUAUGAGUGUAAUGAAAGGGGGAUUAAUGUCAGUAGGAAGUCACCUCAAUCUCAGAGAACUAUUACAGGACGGAGUGCUUUUGAAAGCAAUAAAUGUGGAGAAAAUUUUAGCCAGAGCUCAGCCCAUAUAGUACAUCAGAAAACACAAACUGGAGAUAAAUUUGGUGAAUAUAAUGAAUGUACAAAUGCCCUCUACCAAUUAGACUUUACAGCACAUCAGAGAAUUCACACAGAAGAUAAAUUCUACCUUUCUGAUGAACAUGGGAAAUGCAGAAAAUCCUUUUACCAGAAAGGACACCUCAUUCAGCAUCAGAGGCCCCACUCAGGAGAGAAACCUUAACAAUAUGAAGAAUGUGCGAAAUCCUUUUGUUCAAGUUCACAUCCUAUUCAGCAUCCUGGAACUUACGUGGGAUUCAAACUUUAUGAAUGUAAUGAAUGUGGGAAAGCUUUCUGUCAGAAUUCAAACCUCAGUAAACAUCUGAGAAUUCACACAAAAGAGAAACCUUGUGAUGAUAAUGGCUGUGGGAGAUCUUACAAGUUACCCCUCAUAGGACACCAGAAAACAGAUGCAGAGAUGAAACUCUGUGAUGGCGGUGGAUAUGGGAAGACAUCACAUCUCAAAGGACAUCAGAGAAUUCUCAUGGGGGAGAAACCCUAUGAAUGUAUUGAAUAUGGGAAAACUUUCUCCAAGACAUCACAUCUCAGAGCACAUCAGAGAAUUCACACAGGUGAAAAGCCCUAUGAAUGUGUUGAAUGUGAGAAAACUUUCUCUCACAAGACACACCUGAGUGUACAUCAGAGCGUUCAUAUGGGGGAGAAACCCUAUGAAUGUAAUGACUGUGGGAAAUCUUUUACCUAUAACUCAGCCCUGAGAGCACAUCAAAGAAUUCACACCGGUGAGAAGCCCUAUGCAUGCAGUGACUGUGAGAAAACUUUUGCCCAUAAUUCAGCCCUCAGAGCACAUCAUAGAAUUCACACGGGGGAGAAACCUUAUGAAUGUAAUGAAUGUGGAAGGUCUUUUGCCCAUAUUUCUGUUCUCAAGGCACAUCAAAGAAUUCACACAGGGGAGAAACCCUAUGAAUGUAAUGAAUGUGGGAGAUCUUUCACCUACAAUUCAGCCCUGAGAGCACAUCAGAGAAUUCACACAGGUAGAAAACCCUAUGAAUGUAGUGACUGUGAGAAAACUUUUGCCCAUAAUUCAGCCCUCAAAAUACAUCAGAGAAUUCAUACAGGGGAGAAACCCUAUGAAUGUAAUGAAUGUGAGAAAACGUUUAAAACGUUUGCCCAUAAUUCAGCCCUUAGAGCACAUCAGAACAUCCAUACAGGGGAGAAACUCUAUGAGUGUAAUGAAUGUGGAAAAAGUUUUUUCCAGAAGACACGCCUCAGUACACAUUGGAGGAUUCACACAGGGGAGAAACCCUAUGAAUGCAACAUAUGUGGGAAAACUUUUGUCUAUAAGGCAGCCCUCAUAGUGCAUCGAAGAAUUCACAGAGGGGAGAAACCCUAUGAAUGUAACAAAUGUGGGAAAACUUUCUCCCAAAGAACACACCUCUGUGCACAUCAGAGAAUUCAUACUGGGGAAAAACCCUAUGAGUGUAAUGAAUGUGGGAAAACGUUUGCUGAUAAUUCAGCCCUCAGGGCACAUCACAGAAUUCACACAGGGGAGAAACCCUAUGAAUGUAAUGAAUGGGGGAAGACUUUCUCCAAGACAUCACAUCUCAGAGCACAUCUUAGAACUUGCUCAGGGGAGAAACCCUAUGAAUGUAAUGAAUGUGGGAAAACCUUCUCUGAGAAGUCGUAUGUUAGUGCCCAUCAGAGAGUUCACACAGGGGAGAAACCCUAUGAAUGUAAUGUAUGUGGGAAGCCAUUUGCCCAUAAUUCAACCCUCAGAGUACAUCAAAGAAUUCACACAGGGGAGAAAUCUUAUGAAUGUAAUGAUUGUGGGAAAACGUUCUCCCGGAAAUCACACCUUAGUGCACACCAGAUAAUUCACACAGGGGAGAAACCUUAUGAAUGUAACGAAUGCAGGAAAGCUUUUGCCCAAAAUUCAACUCUGAGAGUACACCAGAGAAUUCACACAGGGGAGAAACCCUAUGAAUGUGAUGAAUGUGGGAAAACUUUUGUCCAUAAGGCAGCUUUAAGAGUACAUCACACCAGAAUGCAUACCAGAGAGAAAACCCUAGCAUGUAAUGGAUUUGGGAAGUCCUGAAGGAAUGCAUCCCUUACUACACAUAGUGCAGAAACUCAUGUCACAUAGGCUGGAAACUUGUUUCCCUUAGCCAUUUCCUUUUCCAUUAGGCUCAUAGCUUGUCAAAAAAUGCCAUUCAUCCAGGUAGGACUGACCAUGGAAUGUGGUGCUAAUGAUACAUAUUACACUUAACCUUGGCUGUUAAAAAAAAAAUACCCCACAGUCUUUCUGGUGCAUAAGAUGGAUUGGAGGUUAUUUCUGCAGCAAACACGGGUCCUGUGUGUUGAAAACCAUAGAGCACAAGGUCAAGGAAGCUAGAGUCUGAAAAGCUGGAACAGAAUUCACUUCUGGGUCUGCACCAGGUUUUGUUUUUGUAGCUUUAAAGCAAGAAUUAAGUUUAUAGUCUGUUAAGCUCUUGCAAGUUUGACUUAUGAGUUAAAUGCACAUAGUUUAGCCUAAACUUUCUAUUACAGUGAGAUGAAACCCUAUGAGUAUAAUCAGUUUUAGAAAAACUUAUCAGUUUAUUGUGCAUCAGAGACUUCACAUGAAGAAGAAAACUUGUCAACAUCCAGGAUGAUCAGGAGCCUUCAUUAAAAAUCAGAAAAUUUAAGGAAAAACCCAGAAGCCUUCACAAAAUGAAUUGCAUUAAACAUCAAAUAAUUAUAAUAAAAUUUCAUAUUUUGAAUAAA